AGCAAGUCAAUAAUUCAUGAAUCCCUCCGUCUCCUUCUUCGAAGUGUGUUCUUCUACUUAAAAUCAUUUUCGUGUAUAGAAAUUAAUUCCAGUGUUUGAUUUUUGCCAAUCACGUAACCAUGGGGAACCAACUUUGCAAAGGAAGAAAAUCAAGAACCAAGAAAAGGCCAAUGGGUUUCAUCCAUAACCAAGCUUCACCCUCUCACACAGGAAUUAGAACUGUGGGUGUUGAGAAAGUUUGUAACUUUUCCACUGAUUCUGAUCUCUGCAUCUCCAUAGCCACUUGGAACAUGAAUGGCCAGGUUACGUUUGAAGAUUUAGCAGAAAUGGUUGGUAGCAAUCGUGAGUUUGAUCUUCUGGCCGUUGGGUUGCAAGAGGCUCCUCCAUGUCCGCGAAACAAAGUUGAACCUAUGCUUUCAGCAGCUCUGCAUGAAAGUCAUACCCUGAUAGGUAAAGUUAUCAUGCAAUCUUUGCAGUUGUAUCUGUUUGGGCCAAAGGAUGCAAGAUCAUUCAUCAAUGAAUUGAAGGUAGACAAACAAUCUUUUGGAGGCUGUGGAGGAAUAAUUGGAAGAAAGAAAGGGGCUGUAGCAAUUCGCAUAAACUACAAAGGCAUUAGAAUGGUGUUCAUCUCGUGCCACCUCGCAGGUAAAUUAUAUUUAACACUAAAAAAAUUAAUAAAAGUCAAUG